AGCUCCCCAGAUCUUUUGAUCAAUCUCUUUUCCCCUUUCAUCCUCCAAGUUUCUCUUUUGAGAGGCGAUGGACGAGGAUUUCGACAUGCCGACGGGCGACGACAUGAUGAACGAGGACGCGAUGGAUCUCCCCGAUGAAAGCCCCGUGGUCAAGGUCGGCGAGGAGAAGGAGAUCGGAAAGGACGGGCUCAAGAAGAAGCUCGUCAAGGAGGGACAGGGUUGGGAGACCCCCGAGGUCGGCGACGAGGUCGAGGUGCAUUACACCGGGACGCUGCUUGACGGGACGAAGUUUGAUUCCAGCCGCGAUCGGGGGACGCCGUUCAAGUUCAAGCUUGGACAAGGGCAAGUGAUAAAGGGAUGGGAUCAAGGUAUCAAGACCAUGAAGAAAGGAGAGAAUGCCAUAUUUACCAUUCCUCCUGAACUAGCCUAUGGAGAGUCUGGUUCUCCUCCCACUAUUCCUCCUAACUCCACUCUACAAUUUGAUGUCGAACUCCUGUCCUGGUCUAGUGUCAAGGACAUUUGCAAGGAUGGGGGUAUCUUCAAGAAAAUAGUGAAGGAGGGAGAGAAAUGGGAAAAUCCCAAGGACCUAGAUGAAGUAUUUGUAAAAUAUGAAGCUCGUCUUGAGGAUGGGACAGUGGUGUCCAAGUCAGAUGGAGUCGAAUUCACUGUUAAAGAUGGUUACUUCUGUCCUGCACUCACUAAAGCUGUCAAGACGAUGAAGAAAAGCGAAAAGGUUCUCCUCUCUGUGAAACCACAGUAUGGAUUUGGUGAGAAAGGCAGGCCGGCCUCAGGUGAGGAAGGUGCUGUACCUCCAAAUGCAAAUCUAAAUGUGGAUCUUGAACUCGUCUCUUGGAAGACAGUUACUGAGGUUGGUGAUGACAAGAAGGUCCUGAAGAAGAUCCUCAAGGAAGGGGAAGGCUAUGAAAAGCCAAAUGAUGGUGCAGUUGUUAAAGUGAAAUUAAUUGGGAAGCUGCAAGAUGGGACCAUCUUUGUGAAGAAGGGUCACGAUGAGGAGGAGCCUUUUGAGUGGAAAACAGACGAAGAGCAAGUAAUUGAGGGACUAGACCGAGCAGUAAUGACCAUGAAGAAGGGGGAAGUUGCCCUGGUGACAAUACCACCAGAGCAUGCAUUUGCUUCCACAGAGUCAAAGCAGGACCUUGCAGUGGUUCCUCCGAACUCAACUGUGAUAUAUGAAGUUGAGCUUGCAUCCUUUGUGAAGGAAAAAGAGUCCUGGGACAUGAACACAGAAGAAAAAAUUGAAGCUGCAGGUAAGAAAAAGGAAGAAGGAAAUGCAUUGUUCAAGCAGGGUAAAUAUGCAAGGGCCUCGAAAAGAUAUGAGAAGGGAGCCAAGUUCAUAGAGUACGACAGCUCAUUCAGUGAGGAGGAAAAGAAACAGUCGAAGGCGCUGAAGGUAUCUAUCAACCUCAACAAUGCUGCUUGUAAGUUGAAGCUGAAAGAGUACAAGCAAGCAGAGAAGCUUUGCACCAAGGUGUUGGAGUUGCAGAGCAAAAACGUUAAGGCUUUAUACCGGAGAGCGCAAGCUUACAUUAAUCUCGCUGAUCUUGAUCUGGCAGAGCUUGACAUCAAGAAGGCCCUCGAGAUUGAUCCAGAUAACAGGGAUGUGAAGUUGGAGUACAGGACGCUGAAGGAGAAGAUGAAGGAGUAUAACAAGAGGGAGGCAAAAUUCUAUGGCAACAUGUUUGCCAAGAUGAGUAAGCUGGAGCCGAUGGAAUCUAACAAGGCUGAGGCGACAAAGGCUGAUGCAGAGCCAAUGAGUGUUGACAGUGCUGCUUGAGGAUUUUUUUCUACCCGUAGUGAUAGUCAAUGGUCUCUCAUUACUUCCCUUUCCUGUUUUGGAGUCUGGUUUGUUCUUUUGAUAAUGAAGUUGCGUAGGUCGAAAGUUGCGUAGGUCGAGUCUUCAUUAGGCACGUACGGUAUGCAAGGGUUAUAACAAGAUUGUAGAGAAUAAUGGCAGUGUGAGAAAGUAGUCUGGGAGUGAAAAGAGAUACUUCUGUUCUGGUUGUUUCUCAGUUUGUCAUGAUUUUCAUCUCUAUAAUGAUCUAAUUGUCAGCAUAUACAGUUAACUGAGGUUCGUGUC